AUGCUCCGACUGGGUGACUAUGCUGCGAGUCGCGAGCGGGAAUAUAUUGACUGUGAAGAGGAGAGACUUCGAGAACUCUGGAGUCUUUUCGGCGUCGUUCUGUUGGACAUAGGCCUUUCCCAGACUUCUAAACGUCGUUCUGUGUUGGACAUAGGCCUUUCCCAGACUUUGUCCACGUCGUUCUGUUGGACAUGGGCCUUUCCCAGUCUUUUCCACGUCGUUCUGCCUUUCCCAGACAUUUCCACGUCGUUCUGUGUUGGACAUAGGCUUUCCACAGAUAAGUCCACGUCGAUCUGUGUUGGACAAGAGGCGUUCCCAAAUCUGUGCCACCUCCGCCGCUCUUGUCGUAGUCAGGGCUUUCGUUGGACAGAAACAAGCCGCAUUAAGAAAAAGCGCUUGCAGGUUGAUUGCAGGAUUGGUCAGUGUGCGAAAUCCAGAAAAUUCGAGAAGCUAACGAUCCACUGCCAGCGCUUCGUCGACUUGAUUCCCGUUUCCUUCGUCCUCGGGUUUUACGUCAACAUCGUCAUCCAGCGUUGGUGGGACCAGUACAAGACGAUUCCUUGGCCAGAUUCCCUGUCCGUCUUCGCUUCGACUUGCAUCCAUGGCCAUGACAAACGCAGCAAGUUAAUGAGAAGGACGAUUCUGCGCUACGCCAACCUUUCCAUGCUAAUUACCUUCACCAUGAUCUCGCCGGCAGUCAAGAAGAGGUUCCCCACGAGAGAGCACCUCGUUGAGACCGGCUUCAUGACGGAGAACGAGAAGAAGAUCUUCGAUGACCUGGACGAGAAGGCGAGCCACCCCAAGUACUGGAUGCCCCUCGUGUGGGCGGGCAGCGUCGUGGCGGCGCGGAAGGAGGGCCGGAUCCGAGACGACUUCGCGGUCAAGACGCUGGUCGACGAGAUAAACAGCGUGCGUGGAAAGUGUGGGCGGCUGUUGAGUUACGAUACGAUAAGCAUACCUUUGGUGUACACGCAGGUCGUCACCUUAGCGGUCUACUCCUUCUGCCUGGGCACGGUCAUGGGCAGGCAGUUCCUGGACCCGAAGCUGCAGAUCCCAGACCACGACAUCGACUUCUACGUGCCCGUCUUCACCUACUUGCAGUUUUUCUUCUACAUGGGCUGGUUGAAGGUCGCCGAGACGCUGGUGAAUCCCUUUGGUGAAGAUGAUGACGAUUUUGAAAUCAAUUGGCUGGUGGAUAGGAAUCUGCAGGUAUCGUACCUCAUCGUGGACGAGAUGCACAGCGAGCACCCCGACCUCAUCCAGGACAUGUACUGGGACGAAAUCUUCCCCCAAGAGCUGCCCUACACCGUCGCCGCUGAACAAUUCCGGAAGGUGGCGCCGCAGGGAUCCACGUACCACAUACAAGUGCCCGACGAGGAGCAGGAUUUCUUGCCGCUGGUCGAGGAGGAGGAUGGCGAGGACGAGGCUAGUUUGCCGGUGAACGAAGAGGAAAGGGCGAGUCCCCUGAAGAAGAAAGCCUCAAGUGCCAAGUCCAUCAGGUCUCGCGUGGGUUCCGGCUUGUCCUCGAGGAAACCCUCCAUGCUGUCUAUGCUUCUGCAGCGUGUGCGGUCCGGGAGUCAAGAAAACACGAGGAGAAGAAGCACUAAAGGAUUUGGAAGCACGGUGUCAAUUCGUCAGAUGAAGAGACGACCAAGCCAGCUGAGGUCUUCGUCAAGGAUGUCGUCCUCGACCCAGAUGACCCUGCAAGGUUCCGCUUCGCCCACGAGGAAGAUCACCUUGGUUGGCGAGAACGGGACGAACCUCAACCUUUCGGACGAGUCGCUGAACUUGCUCGUGCCGCUGCCAAUGCGGGACGAAUCGGACGAGGAGGGCGGCAUCGAGAUCAACUUCAAAAGGAGAGACGAGAAUGUAAGUCAGCUACAACAACUUGGGGAAAAAACGGACUUUGUUGGGAUCUCGUGUUUUAGUAAAAAUAUCAAUGAGAUACUAACUCCAAAACGGGAGGAAAGAUUUUAUGUCUGGGCAGAAGCAAUUGACUCCGUGGAUAAUGUCCAACUUUUAGAAGAGGCCGAUGCACCACUCUUUGCAGCCAUUAAGCCUAGCAAAUCUACUGCACCUGGGGAUGAUGGACUCACUUUAUCAUCACCCGACUCCUGGCAAAGAUCAAAGGUCAAAUUCAUCCAUCAGUCUUUGGUUUCCCAAAAGGGAAAGAAACACAAAUGUGUUUAG